AUGGUUCCUCUAGACGCGCUGGCAGCGUUUCUAAGCCAACAGGACCCCAAUAGAGACUGGACAACAAUCCUAGCCGGAUUUGGCUUAACCGGAGGAGUACCGGCGACAUCAAACCCUACCCCAACCACAACCACAGAAAAUCCACCCACCACCACCCCAAAAACCUCAAUUCCAACGUCCGAAAAUAUUUCCCCAACAAUUGCUGCACAAGCAGAACCCUCCCACCCUUCUCUCAUACACCAAACAGAGCCGCUAGACGUCAGCCCUCUUUCCGCUUAUCAAGAUCACAACUGGGGAGAAACAGAAGGCAAGGAGAGUGGAGGGGGAGCAAGCGCGAGCGAGAAGGGUGAAGAAGAAGAGAUUAGGGCCACUGAGGUAAAAAUCGAUGCAGCGGAGGAGGAGAUAGAUCUGAACGAGACAGUCAGGAAGCAAGGGAUAAUGACGGAUGACGUAUUCCAAGCAGUUUUGGGCAAGGGGGAUCGGAUCGUGGUAAACCCUGCAGGGGUGGCAGAAGUAAUGGACCUCGCAUCCCAGGUAGUAGGGAAGGAGGAAGCAGCAACGGAGGCGGAAAAAUCAGAAGGGAUAGUCCACCAAUCAGUGGAGGAGAGGACAGAUGAGCAACGAGAAACAACCGAGAAACUUGAGGAGGAAAGGCAAGAGGCAGAAAAACAUCAGGAGGAAGCCUCAGUGGUAACCAAACCCAAGCCAGUAAAGAGGAAGCUGGUGCUGAAAAGCGACCCCAAGGCGGAAUGGCAGAAACCCCAAAGAGUGUCACAGAGAUGCUUAGGAAGGUGGACGUCAACCAAGGCAGGAGCAAACACAGCAGCAAACACAAUGGAGGUUUCAAGUGAUGACGAGAAAACUACUCCUACAAAACCUGGGGAGGAGCCCUCGAAUGCUAGCCAGGUGGACACACAAUUGGCAAAAGGGACGGUAUCAUCUACGCCAACUGACCAGGAGGAGAAGACUGACAAGGUGGCUGAGGGUCUGGACCUCGCAUCAGCGUCAGUCGGUCAGGAGGAGGAAGCAAGGAGUGAUACUAGUGCCCGCAUGGUAACCGAGCCUACCGCCCAGGAGGACAUUUCAACACAGGCCGACGAUGAAGCAGAGACAAUGGAAAUUGAAGUGACUACAUGCAGUCAAGAGAGGAAGAGAAAGGGGAAAGCCCCUGUCAAAAUGAAACAAGUAAUGAAGAAACAGCGCACUGCCAAUGCCGGCAUAGUGAUCAGAGAGCCGGAAGAGAGAGGGAAAUCAAGCGACAGCGACUACACUUCCAGCGAGGAAUCUGAAUCAGAGAGUGAUAUCUCUCUAGAAAGGGAGGAGUACCGUGAGCAACAGCUCCCCAACGACCAUCACAAGCUGGUCCACCCUCCGAUAGAGAGGCUUGUGUACCGACGCUGGAGGGUAGAGCUCACCGACGAGCUGAUAGAGGACAUGAAGCGCUUCGACACUAAAAAGCUUCAAGACGCAUUUGACGACAAGGAUGACAGUAGCAAACAAGUCAAAUGUGGAAAGGUACUCCAUAUACCCUCUUUGGAUGAGUUGUCUGUUCGUGAUUCCUUCCUGGCCAGUAUAGAGGCGUUGGGCUUUGAGUGGCUGUUAGAGAAUAGGGACCCAGAGAUAUCUGUGAGAUUGGCGAAGGAGUUCUUCACCACGUUUAGGUUCCAAGUAACUACGGACCUAGACGAGGUGUCAAUCUCCUUUAGGAUAUUCGGUGGUAAACUGUCGAUGAGUCUGAUUGGGUAUGUGUAG